UUGUAUACUACAGGGCUAAAGAAUCAUAUACUAUGGAAGGUCCUUGAGAGUAAAUGCCAGUGUAUUCUAUGGCUGCCAUGAGUACAUGCCUUUCUGUCUCCUCAGUCUGGAAGGGUGACUCGGCUGAUAGAGAAAAUAUGAUGAGGUGAACUCGUCCUCCUAUUCUGAGGACUUUUCCAUCUACUCCUUCACUGACUGUGAAUCUGAGGUAAAAGAGUUGUACCCUACCGUCCUUGUCUUUGUUGAGUGACAUCACUGUGAGGAGGAUGGUCUCUGACAAGUUGACUGAUACCCAGUGUGAUGAUGAGGAUCAUGUAAGGAGGACACCACCGCUGAAAGUUAAGGAUGAGGAGGAUAUAAAAGGUAACAAAGCUUGAAGUGAGUUAUAUGGUAGAAGACGACGAUCUGUCUCUCCACUCCUACGACGAGUCAGACUUCCUGGUUAGUUCUGCAUAUUGCAUGGGGGAUUGGAAAUGAUACAGACAAUUAUAUUGAUAGAUCUCAAAAUGUAUCUGCAAUAUUAAAGCAGAUCUCUCCCCCACACACACGUUUUUGAAUAACUCUUGCUGAAUGUGGAGAAUGGACUAUGACCAGCUAGCUCUCUGACACACAGCUUGAUGAUGGCAAUGACGCCUCUACUGAGGACAGUCCAGAGCCUCCAAAGGAACCACAAGGACCAGUGAAGGACCAUCGACUGGUAGGCAUCUUUUAAAUUUGUGUGUGUGUGUCACAUCUCAAUGGUUUGACCCUAUGUCUGUAGAGAUUAUUGUGGCCAAGGCCAACCUCCUCCUCCCUGCCUCUGUGAGUUCACUGAAUAAGGUGUCACACCAGCUUGAGGUGGUCCCCACUGUCCGGCCCUGCGGACAGCAGCUGGACAAGAAGACACAGUGGACCAACACCAACGAGGAGAGUCUGAGGAGGAUCAAAGAGAACCUGACCUCAAUAGAAUUCAACCUGGAGGAAGGUCUGAAGAUGCACAAUGAUGGUCAGGACAUCAAUCAAGAGGCCGAAGAAGAAUGAGGGAUGCUGUAGAGGAUGGAUUGCAAAGUGGAUGGGGAGGAGGAAGGAGAGACUGAGGGACAAAGACAUGGCUAGGGAGGUCAAGAGGAUGGGUGAGAAGAGCCCAGGGAAGGUCUCUGGUCCUGUGUCUGGCAAGACUGGCCUCUCUCCUCUUGAGACCUCAGCACCCCGGACCCUGGCUGAAGCCCUACGGGCCCUGCCCUCUGCUGUGGCCCCUCCCUCCCCAGAUAAUGUCCCAAGGCCUCUGACUCCUCUCAGCCCUGUAGUUAUCACUCCGUCCUCUACAGAGAACUUCCCAUACCGCCGCAGCCCUCGGCUGGCCCCCAUAACCAACCUGAGUGUAACCGCCCCCACAGGUGAGAGGAAAUACAAGAAGGGUAUAUUUCCCGGAAGUCCUAGGUAUAGUAGCUCAAGAGAAGAGAAAACCCAUAAGCUUACAUUACUUUAUCUCCUUGUCCAAAAUAUUCAGGAAGGGAAGGUCAAUAAGAAAAAGAAGUGCAAGGCCAAAAAAGUAGUUAAGCAAAAGAAGGCCGGUAAGAUGCAACAGAUGGAAAAUGUUGGAGGAAGUAAGGAGGAGGACAAGAAGAGGAAAUAGAGGGAGAAGUGGAACAUAACCAGGGAAUACUAGACUAGAAAAUUCUAGAAAUAGAAUGAGGUAGCAGAGAAAGAGCAGCUAUCUGAGGUGCCUUAAUACUAUUAUUAACUGGUUACCAAUGUAAUUAGAGCAGUAAAAAUAAUGUUUUGUCAUACCCGUAGUAUAUUGUUGUAAACACACACACAGAUUUUGAGUAUUGGUUACUCCUACAACACACACAAAUGUAAUUUCAGAGACAGGAACUAUGAUUAGCAAAUACUUAUAUUGGUCUCGUUCUUAUAUUU